GAGUGGGGUGGGAAGUUGCAGUAUCCACUCCGGACAAAAGGUGUUAUGAUUCCAUUCUCUUGCUAUAAAAGCAAAUGUCUCUCCUUUUAUGUAGCCAAUCACAACUAUCUAAUUACCCCUCUCACUCUCUCCUUUAUUACAACAUUCUCUUUUUAUCUCCAUUCUUUUCUUGAUAAAUACCAAAUCUUUGUCUUGAUAAUCUUCAUCCUCGGCCUCUGCAAGAAUGACAGUAGAUGACAAAAUUGAUGGUGAAAAAGAGCAAUUCCCUGUGGGCAUGAGAGUUCUUGCUGUUGAUGAUGACCCCACUUGUCUUAGGCUCUUGGAUACUUUGCUCAGGCGCUGCCAGUACAAUGUAACGACCACGAGUCAAGCAGUAGUGGCAUUGCAGAUGUUAAGGGAAAACAAGAACAAGUUCGACUUAGUUAUCAGUGAUGUCCAUAUGCCUGACAUGGACGGUUUCAAGCUGCUAGAGCUUGUGGGACUUGAGAUGGACUUACCUGUCAUAAUGUUGUCUGCAUAUGGUGAUACGGAGCUUGUAAUGAAAGGUAUCAGUCAUGGAGCUUGUGAUUAUUUGCUGAAACCUAUUAGAAUUGAAGAGCUAAAGAAUAUAUGGCAACAUGUAAUUAGACGAAAGAAGCUUGAACCAAAGGAUUCAAAAAAUUCUGAUAAGCCUUGUGUCGACUCUGGAGAUUCUAGAGAAGGGUUUCAAGGGAUCGGAGAACCUGAGCCAAACGGAAAAAAUAACAGAAAAAGGAAGGACCAAAAUGAGGACGACGAUGAAGAGCGUGAUGAGAAUGGACAGAAUGAUGAUGAUCCCUCUAUGCAAAAGAAACCUCGGGUUGUGUGGUCUGUAGAGCUGCAUCGCAAAUUUGUUGCAGCUGUGAAUCAGCUAGGUCUAGAUAAGGCUGUGCCGAAAAGAAUUUUGGAUUUGAUGAAUGUGGAAAAUCUUAGUAGGGAGAAUGUGGCCAGUCAUCUUCAGAAAUAUAGGUUAUACCUGAAAAGAAUCAGUUGCGUAACAAGCCAGCAAGCUAAUAUGGCUGCAGCUUUAGGAAAUGCAGAUUCUGCUUUUUUGCGAAUGGCCUCUCUAAAUGCACUUGGAAAUCUUCCUACUAUGGAUAGUUCUGGGCAGUUUCAGAGUGUAGCUUUUAAUUCCUUUUCCCCCAGUAGCGUGCUUGGUAGGUUGAACUCUCCUGCAGGUUUGGGAAUUCGUAGCCUCUCUUCUUCAGGAGCGGUUCAAUUUGGUCUUGCUCAGAAUUCAAGCAGCUCCAUAAAUGGUACUGCUAAUUUUCACUCAGCUCCACAAACAGGAAAUCAGAAUGGAAUACUUUAUGGCAUGCCAAUGUCAACUGAAAUACAUCAGUUGCCACAUAGCAACAAUGUAAAUUAUGGAGUGCUCCCAGUUACCGAAUCAAUGAUUUAUACCAAUUCCAUUAGUUCUUUGGAUGGAAAAGUAAAUGUCACUGGCCUAAGCAACAGUCAAUAUUCUGCUUCAGAUGGUUUCUCAGAUGUGAAAAUACAUGUUGGUAGUUCAAGCAACGCUUGUUUUGGUAUGCCAAAUAACUCCCUAGUGGUAGAUGGACACCACCUACAUUCCCAGGGAUUAGGUGGUUCGGUAAAUCAAUCUCUAGCAACAGCCAACUCCUUGAAUUCAGGUUUUUCUUUUCAAAUGCCAGAUAUAGAAAGACGUGGUACUUGGCCAAGUGCUGUUCAGUCAUUAGGCGACCAAACAAAUUUGCACAGAUCAAAUGACUGUUUUAGACAUACCAGUCCAAGUAUUCUGAGAGAUAACAGCCUUUUAGUGCCCUUAAAUAUUGGAAGUGAUCCUCAUGAUGCUUCUUCCUUCACACUAAGACCAACACAUGUGCCAGAUGGUAACAUUGAUCUCUUACAAUGCCAAUCAGCGAGCAGCAACACCCUACAGGGCUGGGGGGACAGUAAACAAGAUGCAGUUCCUCAUCAGACAAAUCUUAUAAGCAGCUCAGUGAACUCCUGGCUACCGCAAGGUGUUUCAAGUUCAUUCGACCCAAGUGUAAUGUCGUCAAACAACGAGCAUUGGAGACAACUUUAAUGGUUGAGUACCUGGCUAUGAAAGGCUAGCUACUCUCGUUAUAGUGUUGACUCCUUGAAAGGUCUAGCAAGUUUAACGAAGGGACAUGUAUAAUUAAUAUUAAAGUUAAAGAUAUCUUAAUGGUUUCGCAGCUUUUGCCUUAUUUGCAUGCCUAUAUGCUUAUGCUUCAUGAAGCACAUAUAUUUAUUCAACUAAUGGCUAUAUUUUGGUUGUUCUA